AUGAAUCCGAAAACAAUUCAUGUAGGUGACCGUGUUGUUGUUUAUUGCGAACAAUAUCAGCAGCUGAUGGAAGCAAUUGUUGUUGGAGCAAAAGUUAGUACAAAACAACUUUAUAUUCAUUAUGUUCAUCAAGAUAAAAGACUUGAUCGAUGGAUUUCUGUAAAAGAAGUCACCGAUGAUCCAAAUGUCGUAAUAAAAACAAAAGCUGGUAAAUCUGCAAUAAGAAAUCACAAAAUUUUAAAUACCGACGAACUUGACGUUGAAAAACUCGCAGUAGAGUACAAACAAUUCGAAAAGGCCCACCAAGAAGUUACCCGUAUUCGAAACAUCGAUAGGAUUACAAUUGGGCCAUAUACAAUUCAAGCUUGGUAUUAUUCGCCAUAUCCUAAUCCUUUUGGAAAAAUGGAGCACUUAUAUAUAUGUGAUCACUGUUUCCAAUAUUUUGCUAGCGCAGAAGAACUCGCAAAGCACUUGCAAGUUACAGGAGAAAAAUGUCCACCAGGAAAUGAGAUUUAUCGGCAAGGAAAUCUCAGUAUCUUCGAAAUGAAAGGAAUGGUAAACAAAGUUCCGUGCCAGUGCCUCUGUUUACUUUCAAAAUUAUUUUUGGAUCACAAAACUUUGUUUUACGAUGUUGAAGGCUUCAAUUUCUACGUAGUAUGCGAAUGUGAUGAUAACGGUGCUCACAUUGCCGCAUAUUUCUCAAAGGAAGUCAAUAGUAGCGCAUAUAAUGUUUUAUCUUGCAUUACAACUUUACCACCUUACCAAAAGAAAGGCUACGGAAACCUUUGUAUAUCCUUAAGCUACGAGCUGGCCAGACGCUCCAGAAUGAGCGGUGGCCCAGAAAGACCUUUAUCUGAUCUUGGAAAACUCGCAUUCGCUUCUUAUUGGAAGGAUACGCUUUUGGAGAUGUUCAGUACAAGACUUUCCGAAAUGACUUCUAUUGAUAAUAUCGUUAUCCUUACAAGUAUUCAAAAACUCGACGUAAUCGAGACAUUAAAGCAAAUUAACUGCUUGACAAGGGUAAAAGGCGAUUAUGAGAUUGAUCUUCAUUCACCACAGUUGAAACAAGCAAUAGAAGCUCAUCAGAAAGUCCCGCCAAAGAGAAGAAUUGAUCCUCAGUAUUUAACUUGGAUUCCAGAAGCAUAA